GGACAACUGAGAACUCGGUUAACCAAUCGAAGGACCCGUUGGAAGAGCGUUGUACCAAGCAGCCAAUUCCACCAACGGCUGGGCGGGCUCGCGACCGGGAAUAGUCCCUCGCACUGUUUCUCAUUCUGCCCAGUUCGAUCGGCAACGGGAGCGGAGAGAGGAAAGCAGAGAGCCCGAAGGCAGUAGCCCCCACCACCGCCGGCCCAGGUUACCAUCUAGCACCGGGAAACACACUAGAGAGUCACCGCCGGCACAAGCCAUUACCAACCAGUAACCAUGAGCAGCGAGGCCGAAACACAACAGCAACCACCGCAGCCCGCUGCCGAGGAGGAGAGACCCUCCAGCCCGGCGGCCGAGGCGUCCGCGGUGGACAAGAAGGUCAUCGCAACAAAAGUCUUGGGCACAGUCAAAUGGUUCAACGUCAGGAAUGGAUACGGUUUUAUCAACAGGGAUGAUACGAAGGAGGACGUUUUUGUACACCAGACGGCCAUAAAAAAGAACAACCCAAGGAAAUACCUACGCAGUGUUGGAGAUGGAGAAACUGUAGAGUUUGAUGUGGUUGAAGGGGAGAAGGGAGCAGAGGCGUCCAACGUCACCGGGCCCGGAGGCGUCCCCGUCCAGGGCAGCAAGUACGCCGCCGACCGCAACCGGUACAGGCGCUACCCCCGCAGGAGGGGCCCGCCACGCGACGGCGAGUACCCAGACAACUACCAGAGCGACGGCGAGGGGGAGCCUGGCAGCGGUAGCGGCGGCGGCGGCGAAGGAGGAGGAAGGGGAGGCGAAGGAGGAGGAAGGGGAGGCGGCGGCAGCCGGAACAAGGGCAACCGGGACGGUGCGGACAGCGCCCCCGAGGGAGAGGUGCAGCCCCAGCAGCAGCAGCGCCGGCCCACGUACCCCGGCAGACGGCGCUACCCGCCAUACUUUGGAGGAGAAGGUGACGAGAACCAGGGAGGACCAGACCAGGGCAACAAACCAAUGAGGCAGAACUACUACAGAGGCUUCCGACCAAGUCAUCCCUCCCCCAGAGGUCCACCACGUCCCAGACCGGUGCGGGAGCGAGAGGACAAGGAGAACCAGGGAGGUGAGGGCGGCCAGGGCGGGGCGCGCCAGCGACGCUACCGCCGCAACUUCAACUACCGCCGCAGACGCCCCCAGGCCGGAGGCAAGCCAGGAGAGGGCGAGGAAGGCAAAGAGGCCAAGGCCGCGGGAGAGCCAGCCCCCGAGAAGACGUCCGCUCCCGAGCCCCAGCAGGGCGGGGCUGAGUAGGAACACCCGCCCACCGGCAACCCUCCAUCUUUUUAACCAUCGUCCGGUUUUUUUUGUCAGCAAGAAAAGAAAACAUCAAAGAUCUGAGCAAUAAGAAACAGAUUUGACUUGACUACCGUCACAAGCUUGCACCAUGCAUUCGACCAGAUUACCACCGAUUUGCCUGCAGAAUCUAUGCAGACUUCUGUUUUCUUUUUCCAUUAUUUUUACGUGACAGUUAACAAAAAAGUUUUGGGGAAACAAGCAGAUGUUUUUCUAAAUCGGUCCUAAGUUUUUACACCAAAAGGUUUUUAAGAUGAAAAAAAUAUUGUAAAUUUGAUAUCUGGUCAGUUUGACAUUUUUAAAUAACUUUUUAUGUAAUCAAACAUUUUAACAAAAUGCAAGCUCAAAUAAAAGUCAAACAACUACA